AUGACUGAGGUGAUGGCCAAGGACAUUACUGAAGCCCAGGAAAGGCUCCAGCCCCCACCCAACCCCCGGGUCUCUGUAUCAUCCUUCCCGUACCAUGGAGAGCAAGAGUCAGUAGUCAGUCCAUCUGCCUGGCUGCUGUUUCCCUACGGAGAGAACAUUUUGAAAACAAGUGGGAAAGCAGCAUUAAGUGCUAGUCCCAGAAAAACGCAAGCUCCUCCAGACUGGGAUGACAGUGCUGACAGUUCCUCAGACCCUCCUCCGGGCAUUUCUUGCACCUGCAGCCUCCCCACACCCAGGGACAACCCGGAAAGUCGCUGUCCCCUCACACAGCAUCCUCCUGAGGCUAUUCCAGUAACACGUCUUGAUAACGCUGGGCACCUUGCCACCUGCCGCUUCCAAGAAACAAACCCACAGGCACCUCCAACUCUGGGAUUCCAGCUUCGAAUGGCUUCCAGAACAGCUCUUUGUCUGCUGAUGGACUUUGGGGACAGUUCUGUGACUGAAAUGAGGUUGUACAAGAUAACAGAUGUGACCACAGUGACUGCCUACCACCAGUACGAGAAAGAAGGAUUCUACAAGCUCAGGGCUGUUGUUCAUGACUUUCAUGGAACUGAUAUAGAGCUGGGGCCUUAUUAUGUGGAAACUGGUCAUGAGAAUGUGUCUGUGUUCAUGAAUUCCAGUACUGUCCAUGAGGGUGAAGCUCUUUUCUUUGCUGACUUCCUCUCAAAGCAGAAAGGCACUGUUGUGAUGCAUUCUUUUUCAUCCAUCUCUUCAUAUAAUGUGUCUUUUAUUUCUCAGACCCAAGUGGGCAGCAGCCAGGCUUGGCUUGGUGUGACUGUUAGCUAUAAGAUGCAGUCUGUGUCCGUGUACACCGAUGGAACCAUAUUUGCAGCAGACACAGACAUCACAUUUGUGGCUGUUACCAAGGAAACUACACCCUUGGAGUUUUCAUGGUAUUUCGGAGAUGACCAACCAGUGAGGACAACUUCCAGAACCAUUAGGAGAAGGCUGAGCAUCCCGCAGUGGUACCACAUCAUGGUCAAGGCCUCCAGCAGGAUCGGUAAUGUGGUCUCUGAGCCCCACCUCAUCAGAGUGCAGAAGAAAAUCAUAGCCAAUCGGCUCAUGUCCACUGCCUCAGCUCUAGUAAAUGCCAGUGUGUCCUUUGAGUGCAGGCUCAACUUUGGCACAGAUGUUGCUUACCUUUGGAACUUUGGGGAUGGCGCUGUCAGCCUGGGGAGCAGCUCCAUUAGCCACAUCUAUAGCAGGGAGGGAGAAUUUACCGUGGAGGUCCUCGCCUUCAAUAACAUCAGCUCUGCUGCCCUAAGAAAGCAGCUUUUCAUCGUUGGUGAACCCUGCCAGCCACCCCCAGUGAAGAACAUGGGGCCUUUGAAGGUGCAGGUUCAGAUCAAAGGUAGUGUGGUAUAUAGCAACUACUGUGUUGCUGUGGAGGUGCGACCCAGGGCACCUGUCAGUGUGAUCUCCGAGGGCACACACAUCUUCAUCCCCAGGGCCACCUCGAUGCCCAUCAUCCUCAGAGGAUCCCAGUCCUAUGAUCCUGACAACCCUGGAGCUGCUCUCAGGUAUUACUGGACUUGCACUGCCAGCAGCUUGCCAGGGUGGCCCUGCUUUGAUGAUUCCACUCCACACCAAGUGGACACCAGGGCUCCUGCAAUUUCCUUCCCUGCAAAAUGUCUCAGUGAAUGCUGUGACCAGUUCAUUGUGACACUGACAGUCUCCAGCAAUGGCCAAAACUCUUCUCAAGCCCAGGUGUUCCUGUCCACCCGUCCUGACCCUGCCUUCAGAUUUGUUCACAUCUCCUGGGUCAACUUUAAAGACAUCGGCAUCAACUGGAAUGAAGAACUUUCUCUCCAAGCCUUGUGUGAAGACUGUGGAGAUGCACGGGAUCUCUCUUAUUCCUGGGAUCUCUUCCUAGUCAAUGCCACAGAAAAGAGUGGGAUGCAAGUCCCUUUCUGUAGCACCGUGGGGUUACUGGGAACCUCAGCACUUGGGGCCAUUCUGAAGUUCUCAGAGCCAAACCUGCAGGAGGAUCCCAGUGGGUCACUGGCACCGCACUCACUGGAGCCUUUGCGCAUGACUCUGGACUGGCCUGCCCCUUCCAUCCUGGGACGCACCUCCACAGACUCCACAGCAGCCAGCCACGAAACUCCUGCUCCUGGUCUUAUGGCAGGCCCAGACGAGCCUUCUGGGGAUGGUUCACUGAGCCCAGAGCCAGGGUCCCUGGGUGAGGAAGUGCUAACAGUGAACACCCCUGAAGGAAGCUGGCCUUUUCCCAGCUCUUCCCCUGCCUUUGAUGAGUUUGAAGCCUAUUACAGUGACAUCCAGGAGGCAUUGCCAUCCCGAGGAAGACAGCCAGGGAACAGUACCAACCUCCUGGGAUCAGGACCAAGCAUGAAUGCUGAGGCGAGACCCAGCGAUGGGGACAAUCUGUUGGACCCCUUCCUCCACACAGGCAGAGCAGAGCCAGCUCUCAUGAUUGACUGGCCCAAGACCCUGGUCAGUUCAGCUGUCUUUUAUGGCUAUACCUCAUCAGGUAUCAUGGGACCAGUUGUGACAAUAAAGCCGUACUCACUGAGCAGUGGUGAGACAUACGUUCUACAAGCUUCUGUAGCUUCAAAGCAUGGUUUACUAGGCAAAGCUCAGCUCUACUUAAUGGUCAACAAAGCUCCACAGGACAUGGCCUGUCAGGUGCAGCCCCACCAUGGUUUGGAGGCACACACCAUCUUCAGUGUCUUCUGCAUGUCUGGGAAACCGGACUUUCAUUAUGAAUUUCGUUACUGGAUAGGAAAUGCUUCCUCACAUAGCCUGUAUCGUGGACAAGAUACCCACUAUUACUUUUCAUUGCCAGCUGGUGAGACCUCAGACAAUUACAAAGUCAUCAUUUCUACUGAGAUCACAGAUGGCCAAGGCUCUAAGGUGCAGCCAUGCACUGCAGUAGUGACUGUGCUACCCCGUUACCAUGGAAACGACUGCCCUGAUGAGGACCUGUAUCAUUCCAGCUUGAGAAACCUGUCUACUCUCCAGCUGAUGGGAAGUUACAUGGAAAUCAGGAACUACAUAACCAUGGUCACUGGAAUUCUGAAUCGUUUGGCCAAGGAGAGCAGAAACACCUCAUGUGGCCUAUGGUCACAAAUACAGGAUGCAUUGAUUUCGUCAGCAUGCCAAUUACCUUUUACAGAUCAGGAGGCAAUGAUGGAUUCUAUUUGGCUAUUGAGAGACCUCAUAAGCAUCCAAAAUAAGUUGAGCUUUAUGAGUGCGAUGUGCAUCUUCAAGUACAUCCGGCUGUUCCUUGCUCAAGGCCAGCUCUCUGGAAGGUUUGUGGUCAACAGAAACCUCAGUCUUGAACUUGUCCUUCUCAUCUCUGGAGUCUGGGAAGCCGCCAAACAAGGGAAAAUGAGAAAUGAGGACUAUCUACAAGAAGAAGCAAUGAAGCUCAUCUCAGAGGCAUUACUAGCCUGUCUCCCUUUGAACCCCAAGCAUCGGUUUCACAUGAGCACUGAGCAGAUGGAGUCCUGGACUCUUAUCCAUCGUACCCUUCAGAGUUCAGUCCAGAACCUGGGCUGUGUCCGGGUGCAUUUACCUGGUGACCUGGCCUGGCACAGUUCUGCUCAAGAAGAAACACAGGGCCAGUGCUACAUCAGCCAACUCAUGUUCUUCACGGAGAACCCUUACCCGGGGGGCCGAUCCCCAGGGCAGGUGGGUGGUGUCCUCAGCCUCAUGCUCUACAGCUGUUCCAGCAGAAAGCCUAUCCGAAGAGGACGACUGGAGACACCUGUGACCGUGGAGUUUGGGGAGGAAGACCACCCCGUAAGGAGAACUAGAAAUACAACCAUGUUUACCUUGCUUCGGGAUGAGGUGAAUCUCCACCGGUUCGUUGGGCUUUCUGAAAACCCCCAGGAAUCUCUACAGAUAUGCAUUGAAUUCUCCGAGCCUGUCACAAGAGCCUUUCCCAUCAUGCUGCUAGUAAGGUUCUCUGAGAAGCCUACACCCUCCGAUUUUCUUGUGAAAGAGAUCUACUUCUGGGAUAAGCAGACGGUACAAAUUUACAUACCGGCUAUUCCAAGGAAAGGAUCUAAUGUGGGAUAUUUAUCCCUGUUAGAUGCUGAUUAUGACAGGAGGCCUCCAAACAAAUAUUUUGCUAGGACAGUGAACUAUACAGUACAUUUCCAGUGGAUCCAAUGUGUAUUUUGGGACAAGACUGAAUGGAGAUCCGAAGGUUUCUCCCCUCAGCCAGGAACUUCUGGAAAAAUCAACUGCAGCUACCAUCGCCUCACACCUUUCUCUGUCCUGCAAAGAAAGCUGAAUUCCAGUUUCGAAGUGAACAGCAUUUCCAAGUUUCAGAGCCACCCACAAAACUUGCUUCCUAGUAUUUUGACUGUGGUUUUCAUGGUUCUUUAUGGAUGUUUGGUUAUCAAAAGCAGAUGUGUAAAUCGUCAUGAGAGAAAGAAAACUGGCUGUAUUUUUCUGAAAGAAGACAGCCCACCUGGCCACCAACUGUAUGCAAUAGUUAUUGACACUGGCUUCCGGUCACCAGCCCAGUUUACCUCCAAGGUUUUCAUUGUACUGUGUGGUGAAAACGGACUCUCAGAAACCAAGGAGCUCUACUGUCCAGAGAGGUCCCUAUUUGAAAGGAAUUCCAGGCACACCUUUGUCCUGAGUGCUCGUAACCAUCUGGGUCCACUCAGGAAAAUCCACCUCUGGCAUGACAGCAGUGGCCCUUCUCCAAGCUGGUUCAUCAGCCAUGUGAUUGUAAAGGAGCUGCGCUCAGGACAAGCCUGGUUCUUCCCUGCCCAGUGCUGGCUGGCUGUGAGCCAACAUGAUGGCUGUGUGCAACGGGAGCUCACACGUCUGUGCCAUGGUCUGGGCUUCUGGAAGCUUUUCUACUCAAAGUUCAUGGAGUACCUGGAGGAUUUCCACGUUUGGCUCUCACCAUACAGCCAGCCCACCUCCAGCAGCUAUCCGCACACGCAGCGACUUGCUGUGUCCUUCUGCUUGCUGUGCGUCUAUGCAUGCCUCACUGCCCUGGUCACUGUGGAAGGCCAUGAACAGCACCCCUUAGAUGUGGGCCCCACCAACAUCACUCUCCGAUCCUUCAGUCUGGGUCUCCUCUGCACCCUCCUGGCCUCUCCAGGUGCACAGCUCUUGUCGCUGCUUUUCAGACAGAGUAAGGAAGCCUUAGGACAUCCAUGGGCUGAUUCACAGGGGCGUCUAAGAGAAGCAAAGACAGAAGCACCUCAGGGUCCCGAUUCCAGUGGUAGUGCAGGUUCAAGGGAACCGUUGGAGAAUCCUGCAUCACACAUUCUCUCUGAAAGUGACCAGGCUUGGAGGACGGCAGCCAGUGGCAAUGAUGUUGCCUACCCAUCCCUUCAGUUGGAGGCCUGUGGGGAUGAGGAGCUUACUCUGAGAGAGAAGAUUCACCACUCUCCUCCCACUUUACAAGCCCCCAGUAGUGAUUCUGAAGGAUUUUGGCCUCAGCAGUCAAGGGCCUAUCAGCCUUGGACAAGCUCUGUAGCCUGGAUCAUCUGCUGGUCAGUUUCCCUGGCCUGUGCUUCCGGGACAGGUUUCCUAGGCUACAGGUUUGUGCCAACACAGUGUAUGUGGUGGCUGCACCUUCUAGCCCUUUCCAUAAUCUGCUGUGUGUUUGUCACCCAGCCACUCAUGAUCUGUGUUGUAGCACUGGCUUUUGCUUGGAAAAGAAAAGAUGACAGCCAAUUUUUUACUGAGUCUUUAUGUGAUGCAACCAAGGAUCUGAACUUGGAAUUGGAAUAUUCGAGAAUCCACGAUUCCUCUUCUUCCAGCUACUGUGCUCCUACCAGUGCUGGAGAGGCUGAAAAGAUCUUGGCUGCCCGACAACGAGAACGCCACCUGCGCUGGGCUCAGCCACCAUCCACGGCCCAGCUCAGAGUGACCAGGGAGAGACUGAGGAGAGAGAGCCACAUGCAGGCAGCCCUGAGAGACGUUUGCAUGCACAGCCUCCUGCUGCUGCAGCUUUUGCUUCUAAUAUAUGGGAGAUUCUGCCCAGGUGAACGCUCUCUCAAUCAAGCUAUCAGGAAGGAAUUUACAAGAAACGCCAGACGCUCCUUGGAGGACCUGAGCAGCACAGAUGACUGGUGGGACUGGACUCUGAGCACAAUGCUGGAUGGGCUGUACCCUGGAGGAUCCUCUGCUGGAGCAUGGGGUGCUCAGCCUGAUGCUCUUGGAGGGCAGUGCCACCUAAUAGGCACUUCAGUAAUUAAGCAGCUGAAAGUUUCUUCUAGCCCUGGAUGCAAGCCUCACAGACCCUUCUCAGCAUUCAUGGAAGAUUCUCUUCAUAUUCCAAAUCCUGAGCUUGACUUUGAGAACCGAAAUAUGACUCCUGGUGGUCCUGAGGCCUGCAGGAUGAGGAGGGAGAGCUACAUGCACAGCCUGGGGAAAACAAGGCUUGAAGCCCAUGCAGCCCUGACCGCCCUCAGGACCAGCAGGUGGAUCAGCUGCAGCACCAGGGCCAUGUCUGUGCACUUCACCCUCUACAAUCCUUCAACCCAACUCUUCACGAGUGUAAGCCUGGGUGCAGAGGUCCUCCCCACAGGAGGUCUCGUCCCUUGGUCCUUGGUGGAGUCAUUCAGCAUUUUCCGAAGUGACUCAGUCUGCCAAUAUCACCUUGUGUUUUCUGAGCUGAUGUUCCUGGUACUCAACAUGACCCGCCUCUGUUUCCAGCUCUGGGAGAUGGCUACCAAGGGUGUCCUCAGCUAUUGGAGAAAACCAAGACACUGGCUGGAGCUCUCUGUGUCUGGAGUAGCCCUGGUCUACUGCGCAGCCUCUGGUCACCUCACUACCCUGGCUGGGGAUGUCACUGACCAGUUCCGCAAAGGACUUUGUCCGAUGUUUGUGGAUUUCAGCCUGAUGGCAUUGUGGAAUCAGAGGGUGCGAUGGCUCCAGGGAAUCCUCUUGUUCCUCUGGAUGUGGAAAUGCAUUCUCCUCCCUGGCUUUCUAAACACCACGGUGUCCUCUCCAGUGAUACGUCCCUCUCUCUCCAGACUCUUUGCACUGGCGGCGCUGGUUGGGGUCUUGCUGUUGGCCACCCACUGCCGCCUGUGCCGGUUUCUGCUCUUCACCUGGAUGCCGUCAUCCUGGACCUCUGCAGAUGUAAUUCCUGGUCCUCUGUUUGGUUUUCUGGGAAGAAGCCAAAAGGACUCAUGGCAGGAUCUUUGGGAGUCCGAUCAACCAGACAUGGCUCAUUACCUUGGAGCCCUCUUCCUGUUGGCAGCCACACUGUGUUUCGGAAUGCUUCGAGCCUCUGUCAUGACUUUUUUCCGAAAAAGAAAGUCUGUUUACAGAAAAUCUCUUGUGACACUUAAAGAUGUUGCUGUCUACCUGUGGCGAAAGGUCCUUACUUUUCUGCGGCUGGAAACACCAGGGGUGGAAGAAACUGAGGUGGCUACAGAUCACAACUACUACCUGGAUGAAUUUUCAACUCUAUUAGAUGAACUUCUGAUGAAGAUUGAUGAUUUGUCUGACAGCCUAGAGUUUUCUAUUCUAGAAGAACAAUUGAGGAGGAGAAUGGAGACAGGGAAGAAUGCAGACAUUUAGUUGGCAUUCAGGGUACCAAGCUAUCAGGGCACCGAAGAUGAGCAUCAUUGACUUGAAAGUGAGCCGUGUCCAUCAGGAAGACCUCGGAUGCCCAACCUCAGAAAAUAAGAAUCUCAGAACAAUGAAUAAAAAUCUGAGCAACUUUUAUACUCAUUUAGAUCUAGAUUAAGAUGGGGUUCCUCCCAUGAGAUGGCUGGGGGCCAUUGAUGAUGCAGUCAUGGACUUAAACUGAGAGACAGGUGAAGACUACAAUCCACCGUUUCCAGGUUGUGUCUAACACAUCCCAAUUCUUGUCCUGGCUCUGCGCUUGCUGCCUGAGUUCUUUAUGAUUCAUGUACUUUCUGCUAAGUCUUCUGUUGAUCCCACAACUCAGUAAGUGGUUAGUAAAUUGAUGAUCAAGAAAAAAAAAGAGAGAUGAACAAUGUCCAUGGAUUCAAAGAGGCAAAUAAUAAACCAUAUGGCAAAGGCCUGGUAGGUGACGCUGAGGAAGGGGUUUGUGUUUUCGAGUGAUUCCUGUGCAUUUUCCUAAACUUGGAAUCAUUUCCCAAUGAAAAGCUUUUGAAAAGAAGUUCUUGUGUUACUCAGGCUCAGAGAUGGCACAGUGAUAGAGAGUCACAGAUGUGAGGAAUCGUUGGAAUAGCUCUUGGGGUUUUUCUUAAGCUUUUUUAUAUUUUUAAGUAUAUCUUGGAAUGUUUUCUUGGAUAGACAUCACAAAGAAAGCUCACUAAACUUCAUACAAAUGCUUAGAUGUGACUUACAAAUAUUGGAUAUAUCAGAAGUAGAAGUAACUUAAAACCCAGACAUAAAUGCUGGAACAGACCGCCUUCUGAGAUAAGAUUUCUCUGCUUCCAUGGAUUAUGUGCUGAGUCUGCAGAGACGCUUCACAAGGAGAAUUGCUGGUGUAUAGCUGAUUUAUUCCCUCCUGGCACACAAGCUCCACUAAAGUUGAAAUAUAAUCACCCAUUCCUCUUUCUAGAAUAGUUUUGCAACACUGGAUAUAAACCUGGACUUCUGUGUUGCUGUGAACAUGUAACUUAUUUAUUAGAGCCAAAUUUUCUCUAGUGGGGGGGUCAGAAAAGUUGAGUUUUCAGAGGUUAAAAUGUCCUAUCAACUGACUGCUUUUUGAAGCAAUUUCUGUUUCAGCUUGAACAAACUCCAACAAUUAUUGCCCCCAAACAAUAGAUAAAAUGCUGUAUUAGUUUGCUAGAUAUGCAGUAACAAAUACCGCAAACAGAAAUACAAAGUCUCACAGCCUGGAGGACUGAGGUCCAAGAGUAGGGUAUGGGCAGGCUCACACUCCCCUCAGUGGCCCUGGGGAGAGAGGCCUCUUUCCCAGCUUCUUAGAGCUUUUGAGCUGGGGACAGUACGAUUCUGAUUAUUCUAUGACAUUCUGCUCAUGUGUGGUUUUCCUGCCCAAGUUUUCUCUCUGUAUAAAGGCACAGUUGUAUUGUAUCGGAGCUCACUGUAAUGGGCACAUCUCAGUUUUGUCAACAUCCUAUUUGUGGGCACUGGCAUUAGCAUAUCAACAUUUUUAUUUUCUGGGGGGGGAAACAAAACCUAUCACAAAUAUAUUUGUUCAACUGUGGGUAUCUAAAGACAAAUGUUGCAGAUUCCCAUUAAUUCCAUUGUAAUGCGGGAUUCCACUAAUUUGACAAAAGAAACAAAAGACACGAAUGUUUUUUCCACUUUUUUCUUUUACUCUGUAGACUUUCAAUAAAAAUGACAUUUGGGGACCCGUGAGAUGGCUCAUUGGUAAAGGCACCUGCCAUAAAGCCUGGCAACCUGAGUUCAAUCCUU